UCUCUCGUGCUAUGAAAAGUAUUACAAUCACUUAAACUUGUUGGGUACUCUCAUUUUCAGUCUUCAUUCUAUCUAGCUUAAAGAUGCCCAUUAAUCUCCUCUCUGAAUUGGGUUAUUAUCAUGGGUUUAUCUGAUUGUUAUGCAGUAAUCAUGGAGUAAACUUCUGCAAAGCUUUUUAUGUUAGAGACUUUUGAUCUAUAAAUUCAGCUUCAUAAGAGUAAAAAUUGAUGGGUUUCAAGCCAUUGGAAUGGUAUUGCCAGCCAGUGGCAAACGGCGUCUGGGCAACAGCAGUACAGAAAUACAGAAUGCUCUUGGGCCUUUCACACCCUGUGCUACAGACACCAUUGUGAUUUGCUUAUCACAUUUGGUUGUGAUGGGGCUUUGUAUGUACCGGAUUUGGAUUACCCAGAAGAACUCCAAAGCUCAAAAAUAUUGUUUAAGGUCCUGUUAUUAUAAUUACUUUUUGGCUUGCUUGGCUGGUUGUUCUGCUGCUGAGCCUUUGUUCAGGUUAAUUAUGGAUGGACUGGCCGGUCUUGCGCCUUAUGAGGUACUCUCGUUAAUCGUUGAGGUUCUUGCUUGGUUGUGGAUGCUUGUUAUGAUUGCCAUAGAAACUAAAGUUUAUGUUCGAGAAUUUCGAUGGUUUGUUAGAUUUGGUGUCAUUUAUGCUUUGGUUGGAGAUGCUGUCAUGCUCAGUCUUGUUCUAUAUGUGAAGGAGCACUAUAACAGGGAUUGUUCGGAGUUCUUUUAUUCGUCUACGUUCCUAGUCUGGAUCCUUACUCGGGAUAUACUCCCAUAAGGCAUGAACAGAUUGAAGAUAUCGAGUAUGAGGAACUUCCUGGUCGGGAGCGAAUGUCUCGAAGGGCGUGCUAACAUAUUCCCCAGUAUGUUUUUUCAUUUAUAACUUACUAUUGUCGUCAAUUACUUUUUGCACACUAAAUUUAUUAAUGAGUUCCAUAGUGAGAAAAUUUGUUAUUACGCUAUUUUCUUUUCAUAAAUUUCUUGCUAUUUUUGAAAGAGAUUAUCUCUCACGUUCAUUUAUUUUGGUUCAUAUAGCCAACCUCCUAUUAUUGGGAUUAAGGCUUUGCAUUGUUGUGAUGUAUAAGAACGGUGCAAUUUGAACUGUAUUUAGCAAAAGUCCAUAGCUGAUCUAGAAAUUUUUUUUAUUGUUCUGUUCCCUUUGUAGCUCCAACCUAGGGUGAUGUUUGGGGGGAUUCAGAUGUAUGCAACCUUACCCUUGUUAGUAAUAACACUAAUAAAAAAGAUUGUUUCUGAUAGACCCUUAGUAUUAUAUUUGUAUAUAUCGAUAUACCGUCUAAGGCACCUCCAGUUAUCAAAAGCAAUCGCCCUCCUCCUGGUUGGCCUUCAUCGGGGUCCAUCAAGUUUCAGGAUGUGGUUUUACGUUAUCGACCUGAACUUCCCCCUGUCCUUCACAGUGUCUCCUUUCUAGUGCCCAAGUGACAAGGUCGGAAUUGUUGGACGAACUGGAGCAGGGAAAUCAAGCAUGUUUAAUGCAUUGUUCCGUAUUGUAGAACUUGAGCGCGGGAUGAUAUCUAUUGAUGACUGUGAUGUGGCCAAAUUUGGACUUACUGAUCUGCAUAAAGUUCUCGGAAUCAUACCUCAAGCACCUGUUUUGUUUUCAGGUACGAUUCAUAUACUCUUGGUGAAUCUAUCUUUGUUCACACUUUCAUGUUAUUCUUAAGCUAUCAUCUCAUUAUCAAAAGUUGAAAUAUAUCUAAAUAUGUAGAUUCUCCACAUAAUAGUGUUAAAAUGCGAAAAUGGUCGCGAUUGGUAAAGGAAUGAUGGUGUGGUAACAAGAGUGAUGUGGUUAUCAUAACGCUUAAAUAUCGGUCAAAUUACAAGAUAUCCCUUGAUACGGCCCAAAACUCGGAUUUUUUUUCACUUUUACAACGCGGGAAAUAUCGGUUCGUUUGUUUAGAAACCUUUACAACACGGUUGAUGCGAUGCUGCCUUGUUUUUAAACUAUGCUCCACGCUCUUCAUCUAGGACUGUUAGUUAAGUCUUUUUAUUCAUAUCUUAUUUCGGCUGUUGCACACGAGGUUAAAUGAAAUGUUAAAAUGUCAGAGGAUUUCGAUGAACACAAUGAUGCUGAUCUAUGGGAAGCUUUAGAGAGAGAGCCCAUUUGAAGGAAGUCAUCAGGAGGAAUCCUUUCGGUUUGGUUGGUGUGUUAUCGACUUUUUAACCUUGCAAGUUAUAAGUGAUAAAUUUGUUAACGGACUACACAAUAAGAUCCCGCAUAAGAGGAAAAGAUUGAAAAAAAUAAUCUUAUUAUUAAAAAUAAUUCUCCAAAUAAGCUUUAGAAAAUUUUAAUUCUCAAAAUAAGCUUCUCCAUGCUAAAACUGAGAUCAGGUAUGAUCUCUAUUAUUAUAUGCGAACAAAUAAACUGGUAAAAGAAAAUCAAAAUUCUUUGUCUGCUAUUAGUUAUCAAAAUAUUCUGAAGCUUAUUUUGAGAUUUUUUUUCCGAACUUUUAGGAUUUUUUUUUGAUAAUAAGCUUAAUUUUUUCAAUUUUUUCAUAAGAGGAGAGUUGACUGCUUAUAAACCCGAUGAGGUUCCAUCCUAAACCAAUUGGAUUUAAAAGGAGUAACUCAUCAAGUAUAUGUGCUAGUCAACCUCUUUCUAAUUGUUUGACGCGGUGCCAUGCCCUAAAAUUGAGUGAACCUUCGAGUUACAUUGCUAAUGUAAUUAGUGAAUCGAUGUAUAGUAUUCCUUUGGAUAGCAUUCGGGUGGGUUUUACUUAUUUCAGAUGAAAUCUUUCCAUUAUCCCUAAAUAUUCUGUUUAAAACUCUAAUUAUCAAUAUUUAUAAUUUUUCUAUGUCAAUUAAAA